AUGCUGUGGUACUCUCAACAACACGAUGGCAUAGCAAAGACUCGACAGGAUUACGGCUACGUGUGGCGGUUCGGCCCAACAGCCGUUCUCACGAUAGUCGCUGCCUUCUGGGCACGGGUCGAGUUACAAGCCAUGAGAUACAUGCCUUGGAUCGCCCUCAGACGCGGCCAGUCUCCCGACUACGACCUGGACUACACAUCCAUGCUGAUGCCCACCGUUCUCUACGCAUCCCUCCGCCGGAAACACUGGCUAGUCCUCCUGGUCUCGGUGGUCUCCCUGCUGAUCAGGGCCGAGAUCGUGCUCGCCCCUGGUCUGUUACAGCUCACACCUGUCCAGCGGGCAGAGCCCACCAGCAUCGCACUGGCAGACUCCUUCAGCCUCAACUGGGACACCGACACGGGGCGUGAAGCAAUCAUCGCUUACUAUGCCGCUCGAGCUGUACACAACUUCAACAUGACUUAUCCUUCCGGCGUCACCCAGGAGGCUGCCUACCAGACAUUCGCACUGGCGGGUACGGGCAGAAGAGGUACCACCAGCGCGCCUGUCAAGGCCGAGGUUGACGCCUUCUUCGCGAGUAUGGAGUGUCUGAAGGCGAAAAGAUGGUCAGCUUCGGAGGCCAAAAAGCUCAUGAGCAGGUUCUACUCGGUCGACGUUUCUUUGCAGUUCGAGGGCUGUCAGAACAACGUCUCAUUCACCCAAGAAACGGUCCAGAUGCCAGACACGUCGAUAAUGCCAGUGAAGGUCUAUGACUCCUGGCAGCUGAGUAAAAACCUCUCACCAAAUUCCCGCCCAUGUGCCAAACUGCCACAACAGUAUGAUCAAUUUGUCUAUUUCGCAGGACAGUAUGUGAAGGGCGCAUCCGUCAACUCGUCCCGGCCCGUGGAACUUGUAAAGGCAGAUGCCAUUCUGUGCUCCCCCACCGCUUGGAUAUCCAAAGUCGAAGUUACCGAUGACGGAAUCAGCCCGAACCUUACGGUCUUACGGAACCAGGAAAAGCGCCCAAUCGAAGCUGACAUUUGGGGCAUAUUGGGAAAGGCUAUUCCGACGACUCCUGGAGGUUGGGAUUUCAGCCCUCAGAUUGGUGCCUUCCAGCUGAACUACGGCCCCGUCAGAGGGGAGCUCUCGUUCAGCGAAGAGCGAGCCAACUUUUCGGACACAACCGAACUGCUGUACAAUUGUACCAUCAGUUUGACUAGGAGGCUCGGGCCUCUUGUCGGGCACUACCUGUUUCGACAGAAUAACAACGACAAGUCUGACGCGGUCGCGGACAUGUUUGUUGUCAUCAAUAGACUGGCGCUCAACCCACAAGUCUGCUGGGCUAUGUUUGCUCUUUCCGCUCUGAUAGCCGCCAUCAUCGGCCUCUCUUUGAUUGGAUCCCGGCGGUAUACCACAUUAUGGCACCGAGAUCCGGCUACCGUCUUGGGUCAUCUCCUCUUCCUCAGCGACCAUCCCGAGCUUCGAGAAACGGAGCCGAAUGAAAGCAAUGAUAAGAGCUGGAGCCAUGGUACCUUCAACCCGAUUGUGUUGAGACCCUGGGCACAGAUUGCAUUCGCGAUUUUCGUCUGCGGUCUUCUCAUUGGCCUAGGUUCGACGUUGCAGCAGUCGGAGGCGCACCAUGGGCUAGCAACAGUCGACGAGAGGGGAUACUGGUACCUGUUGUGGACCUCCUUCCCAUCGAUGAUCAUGCUAGGCGUCUCCUUGUACAUCAGCUCGUGCGACUUUGUUUUAAGGGGCUUGUCUACCCUUCACAGCCUUUCUACGGGGCCGUGCGACUCCCGGUUACUGGACUUCUCCAUGCUGGACAUGCUCGGGCUCCGUGCGCUUUGGAAAUCAUCGCAGCAAAGGCUUUGGACGAUUACCAUGUCCCAGCUUACGGUAGUCUUUUGCGGCUUCCUAGCCACACUUGCUACCGUUCUCUUCUCAAUCGAAACAGUAACCAGCCCCGUGGAAGUGCAGUUGCAACAGCAAAGUUGGUUCGGUGAUACUUUUAUCGAUAACAACACAGACUCACCCGCACAGAACCGCGAGAAAAUUCGGAGCCUGUUGGCACGUCGCGGAGAAGCUAACUUCACUUACCCGGAAAACACAUAUGCCGACAUGGCAUUUCCCGUGCUUGAUAUGUCACAGCUGCCCGUCGCAAAUAGCACAAGACAGGUGACGAUACAGUUCAAAGUGCUCGCCGCGAAGCUGGUCUCAAGCUGCCAGCGGUUGCCCGAGGCCCGGUUCAACGUCACGGUGAUGAACUACACGGAACAAAUCUCGAAAAACACAUCCGAAACGGUGUACCAGGGCCCGAUGCUCAUAAAGGAGAAAUGCCCUACCGGCUACACGGACAACCUGGGCCACCUAUUCAUCUUCGGCCGCAACCAAACAGGCGCGCACAGCGGCAAGUCUAGCUUUGCCGACAUCCUGGCAUCCCCUGGCAAUCUUUACGACAUGAACCAGCCCUGCCAACUGAACAUUACAGAUGCCAAUGAUCUUCUCCGCCCUAUAAUGCAGCAAACAUAUGUCUGGGGCCAGUGGAACUACGAUAAGUACGACUUUGACCUGCUGCGGUUCUGGAGGGGCUGCAUACGAACUUGGGAUUCGCGAGUGCGCAGCUGGCGAAUCUGGAAAACCGGCUGGGAGUAG